UAGGUUAGUUUAAGUUAGGCAACUAUAUUCCGGCUUAUAAACAAAAUUGUUUAUGUGGUAACAGUAAGAAUGAGACGGGUGCGAAAUGAAAAUUAUGUAGUAGAGUCUCAACAUUAAUUAAAAUAAAUAUAACACUUUUUUUGAAAAGUAAAUUAUUGAUAUAACACAAAAAUAGCAAUAAAGAGAAGUAUCUUUCUUAUCAGAGAAAGAUGAAACUGACCACGUUAAAGGGCAUUUUUCCAGAUCCUAAACCAGUCAGAAGAAAGAACUUUAUUCAGGAAAAUGUGAGAAAUCUUCGGCGAAUAGAAAAAUGUUUUCAAGCAACUAAACAGGUAGAUGAGCUACAACAAUUGCAGUUGCAUAAGAAUCACAGACCUGUAGACAAAUAUCAAAAUAUAUCAGCUAAAGUUGUCACUAGUUCCUGUGAGAAAAAGAACCACAAGAGUAAUAGUAUUGAGUCAGUGUCAAAGAACAAUGUUGAUCCAAUAUCAUCCGAUAACAUAGAAAAUGCAAAAGAAAUUCAAAAGAAUAGAGUUAAUACAUCUAAUACAGACAAAAAGCAUGUUUUUACUAAGGAAAUUAUUAGAUCGGGGAACAAUAAUACUAUAGUAGGUAACCAAAAAAAAACUACUAAACACAAUAAUCGGCAGAAACCAAAGAUUUUAUCUGAAUCAAAUGUCUUGUGCAAAUCUAACAAUGUUGCAAAAGAUGCAGAUGCACAAAGUACCAUAACAUAUAGAAACCAAGGAAUUCAGACUUUAGAUACAGAUCAACUAAAAACUAUAUAUUCUGAAGGUACUAUUCGAUAUCCUUCAAAGAAAAGUACAAAACACAAUGAUGUUAUAAAUCAGGAAGAGAAAAAAUACUCGAAAAAACAAUCUAGUUCUCUUACAGAAAGAGAUGAUGUGCAUAAUAACGAAGAGAAAAAAGUGGAUCUAUGUGAUACUGUAUCACCGGCUCCAAAAGAAGAAACUGACUUUAUUAAAUUAAAUAAAGAGCGCACUUCUGUUGCUAAUAAGUUAGCAACGCAGCUUAACAACGGUAUACCACCUACAAAUUAUCGCAAAGGCGUUGUUCCUAAGUAUCUUCGAGAUAGAAAAGAAGCGCAUGAAAAGGAGCAAAAGGCAAAAACAGAAGCACUUCAUCCUGACUGUCCGGAGGGUCAUGUGUCCUUACCUGAUCACGAACGCAAAGAAACAUUGCGAUUGUUAAAAAAAAAUUAUCAAGAAUAUGUUAACGAAUUAAAUAUGAUGCCCAUAAAAACAGAUACUCUCAGAGCACAGAGACGCAAGGUUGAGAUAGAAAAACAAUUGAAUAAACUCGAAGAAGGGAUUAAGAUAUUUUCGCGUCCAAAGGUGUAUGUGAAGAUAAAUGUAUAGAUUGUGUUUUUAAAGAUAUACACAGCUCUUAUGUUUGAAUAUACUGAUCGUGCAUGUUCAACAUGUGUAUUGUUUCUAAUGUAAUAUAAAUGUUUUGUCAUAAAUUA